UAUAUAUAUCUCUAAAGUAUCAUAUAGGAUUUAUGAGGUUGUUAUAAUCUUUUUACACUCGAUCUCUUGUUGAAUUAAUUGAAAUAUUUUUUUAGAUCUUUAAAUUUUACAAAAAUCCAGCUACUUUGUAUGAAAUAGAAAAUAAGAGCUUCAUAAGAAUUGUGACAGUAAAGUCAUAGGGAAACUUCCUUGCAUUCUAAAUUUAUAUUAAGAUCAAUUUCAAUAUGGCAGUUGAAUGUAAAAGGGAGAUAAUUUAGAAUGAUAUAAUUUAUAACAAUACACACAUCUAAAUAUUGUAUUAUAAAUUAUAUAAAUUUUGUAUAGUACGGGAGAGUCCAUCAAAUGAACAUUCCCAACUAAAUUAUUUUCAAUUAAAACUCGUUUGAAAACUAAUUUUAUGUACAUUCAGCAUAUGCUAUUUAUAUACAAUUGUCCACGCGUGCUAAUAAAUGAAACAUGAAAUAGUUUUCAUCCACGAUGAAACGAACUAAGAUCAAUAAAAUUAAUGAUUAAUCGAUUGUAUAAAAUGUACGAAACUGAGCUGUAUGAAUUAUCGAAACGAAUAUAAUAAUACACUACACUCAUUCGACUUUCCCUUUCGCUUGACCGUAAGUGGACUUGAAUUUCUCUUUCGUAAUAUCGCAAACAUAUACGGCGUGAAACAACGACGGACAUGUAUGCAUUUUAACAUCACGAGCGUGAUACGAGAUGACACGUAUGUCGUACGUGCAACACAACGGUACGUUCUGUAACGUUUAUCUAGUGAACGGCAUGAAUCCGGUAUGGAAAGCGAGGUGGUCGCGCUUUAGUCAGUUCUCCGAGAAGCGUCUCGAGCCGGUGGAUGCAACGGACGGAACUUUGUGUCUCCCGCGUCAUUCGUGUUCUCGUGGUCGUCGAUUACGCGAGUCAAGUCGGGAAUAUGCGGCAGUGGUGAGGAAGGAUGGACCAAUCGUGUUCUUCGCAUCAAAAUGCAUCAAUGGAACGAACAUGACCAGAUUAUUGUUCAUUACAUUGAUUGUAACUCACACGAUCGCAGGACUGCGACCACUCGUUGCUAAGGAGAGACGCGUAAGAAGACUGAUACGAGACUGGGCACCUUUGGUAUGGCUCGCACCUGGAGAACGGUUUCUGCCCCUUGGCGUACCUGAAUUCUUGGAUAACGUGAAGUCGGACCAAUAUUACCUUCGCACUAGGAUAGACGUAGAAUCCUUGCUGAAGAAUCAGUCGUCCUUUUUGUACGGCCGAAAACCCGCCGGGAUCGUGCCUGUUUAUGCUCUGACGAAGAAGUGCAUUUCCACGGAGGCGAAGGUACGCACGCAGAUGUCGAAUCGGACACCGAGAAAAGACCAAAGCGUUCCAACACUGUUACGCAAUAAUGAACUCUUGGCUGAACAACGACCUGAAAUUGGUACCGGCGAUCUAACAGCACAAAUGGUAUCGCAAGAACGAAUACGACAGGCCGCGACGGGGUCGCGAUUCGACACGACCAGAGGAGAGAACAGAUGUCGUCGAAAGGUACACUUUCACGUGACCUAUUGGAUGUUCUAUCCGUUCAGCGAGGGAAAGACGAUAUGCGUGUUGGAUCUUGGAUUUUUCGGCAGCUGGCCGAUACCUACCAUGGGCGGUGUGUGCAUAGGUACGCUGAAAGAAUACGGCAGUCACAUCGGCGAUUGGGAGCACAUGAGCCUGUACUUUAAGGAUAAGGAACAUCCUCUGACGAUGUAUGUAUCGGCGCAUGACGCGGGAGCAUUUUAUCGAUACGAUCCGCAAAACGGCACUUUCGUCUACGAGAGCCAAGAGACCAGGAAGGGUCUUUUUCAGAAGCCGACGUUCCCCGAGAAAGUUUACACAGCCGGCGACUCGCACCCGAUUUUAUUUAGCGCGCGUGGUUCUCACGGCCUCUGGACGGCGCCAGGGAAGCAUAAAUUUGUUCGGAUGCCUCGUUUGUACGACGAGAGUGGAUUCGGAACUGCCUGGCCAACGUGGAAGAGAUUAGAAUUACUUUUAGAAGAGGAUAACGAGGCCUUACCAGGCUGGAUGACCUUUAAAGGCAAAUGGGGUAAUCCCAGCAGUAACUGCCACCCGCUGGCAAAGCUAGGAUUUAAUAUCUGCGAAUUCGUAGAUGGUCCAACUGGGAUUCCUAUGAAAAAAUUCAAUUUCCGCUGUUAGGAUU